UGUGCGGAAUUCCAGUAGUUGCCAAACGACUGUCAGUGGAUUUUUUUGGGUGCCUCUCUUUUUAUCAGGAAUUUCGUGGGAUUACACGCCAAGACAGAGCCAAGGUGGAGCUGGGUAGAUGUCAUCGUCGGGAAAGCAGAAGAAGGGCUCCUCCGGAGUGAGGAUCCUCUGGAUUCCCGGCAGGAAGAAGCACAACUACAAGGGUCGUUAUGAGCCCACCAACAAAGGGCAGUCGCACGGUCAGCACACAAAAAAGAUUGAGCCCUGGUCCCUGGGCGGAAGCAAAGGGCAGCGAGACUUGAUAAAUCCAGACAUGCCAGGCACUUCGGAUGUGCCUAGCGUCGCGAUGCUGCCCACAACCUAUGCCCUCACAUCCAGCGGCGACGCACCGGACAAGCUGGAGACUGUCAAAGAGGAGGAUGACCGUGAGCACGGAUUUCCCGAGGGCGGAAGCAACACGAGAACACUGAGGCUCAAGGAUCGCAAGAAUGGCAGUUGCGUCUCCAACGACGAUCUGGACACAAUUGAGAAUCUCAGUGAAGCCGAAGGGACAAAGAAGUCCCUGAAUGAUCUGACGGAUGGAAUUCUGUAUCCAGCAGUGCCAAGUAAGCGUAAGAGCAAGAAGAAAAAGAAGUGCAAGGAGAACGAGGAGUGCAAGGAGCCGAAUGAAAAAUGCGUCACGUGUCUCUACUAUACGCUCAUGUGCUGUGAAUGUACAAUUUCUUGAAGGGAUCGAUCUUCUUCUCAAUCAUCUUAACUUAUUUUUCGUAUAAAUGGCAGAUUGGAAAUCUGAACGUGCGUGAAGAUGUAAAAUUAGAGCAAAAGGCAUUCGAGGUUAACAUUCCAAGUAUUUCAGUAUUUGUGUACAAAAAAAGGAAAAAAAGACGAAAGGGAAUGAGACGUAAUCAGAAUUUAUUUUUCUUAGACACUUAAGGCAAAGAGAAAAUCUCCUCGUACUUUGUGCAUUUACAACACAAAAAUAAACAAACAAAAUAUAUAGCAAGUGUAUAAUCAAAACAACAAUAAUGUGAAGUGGGGAAUUUGAUAAAUUAUAUAUUUUUUAUAAUUUUAUAUACAACCCAGAAAGUAAACUUUCGUAUUUAAUUGCAUCAUGUGGUAUAUAAAACUAAUGGAAUAGAAUUUGCAAUAAAACUAUUUUAUUUAUAAAAA